GAUUUUACAUCUUUUUUAUUGUAAGAUUUGAAAUAUUGCAGAGGCUUGAAGUUAUUUUAAAAUGAAGACAAUUAUCACAAUACUCUGUAUUAUAGGCAUAGGUACUCAUAACGUCGCAUCGCAAUGUUUAAAUAGACAACCAAACCUCGUCUUCAAUAGACAAAUACCAGAAACCAUAGUUGAAGCGCCUUUGAUAUAUCCACAACCUCAAUCAGUAUAUCAGCCCACAUUACGAGAUGUUCAACCGAUACUGAACGCACAAAUACGAGAUAUUCCACCUUUACUUACUUCACCGACAACUAUCAUAACUGAUUGUACUCCAUCUGUAUGCAAAACCUUAAUUGAUAUUAUACAAUUUAUGUCUGUAUGUAAUUUGAUAAAAGAAAAACAAGGUGGAUCGGAUGUAGCUUUGCAAUUAGCUGAACCAUUUUUCAAAGAACUAAUGUCAUCACAAUCAUUGUCAAAUCCAGUUUUAACUAAAGCUAUUGCUCCAUGUUUAAAUCCAGCUGUCAGAAAUACUUUUUCUCCUAAUUUGAUUAGUCCUGGUAUUCAAUUUUCAAAUUCGGUUGUAAGAAACCCUAUUUCUCCUAAUUUGAUAAAUCCUAGCGUAAUUUCUACAUGUUCUAAUCAAAUAGUUAGCAAUCCUAUUCCGCAAAGUUUAGUCAAUCCUGGGGCUAUUUCUUCUAUAUAUCCGGAUAUUGUUGGUUUCCCCAGUGGUGUUUCCAAUGUAAACAGUAAUGUCUUAGUUGGUAAUAUACUAAGUAUGUUAGGUAAUUAAAAUGUAAAUGUUAAAUAAAUAUUUAUUUUUUAGGUUUAAGUAUUGAUUAAGAAAUAAAAUUGCAAAAUCUUUUGAGAAAUUUUUUGUUCCCUCAUGUAUUUUA